AUGACCAACGAGUUUCUAAAGGAUAUAUCCGACUACCUCUAUGGGAUGUUAUCAGGCAAACAACGAGCAACGACACAUAGAACUCGGCAUACAGCUAUUCGUCGAGAAGGACAAAGCAAUGAAAUCCUUGACUAUGAAGAUGAAGCCAAAGCUAGGGAUGCGGAGGAAGUAAAACAACACCGAAAUGCGCCCGUCGUGCAUACGGGUUUGAGGAACAAUGUGUUGAGAAAUCGCAAUGCUACGCGAACGCGAACAGGUGCCAAUAAUUUUCGAAGAGCGGCGUUACGGAACAGAAUGCUGCAGUUACCAUCAGUACAAAAACUUCUCCAAACAGGAGCAGUCCACAAACUUUUCCAGCACGAAACAAUCUGCGAUCUCCCAGUAUCCGCAGCAGGAGACGACCGGGAGUGA